GAUGCUCCUACUGCCAUUCCCGUCCCUACUCGCCGCUCCAUCGCCAUUCCUCGCUCCACUGUCACCACGACAACCACCGUCGUUAACACUGCUCCUACUCGUCGCCCCCUCACGUCUAGGACCGUCAAGGCGGAACGCAUCGAGGAGGCGGAUGAGGAAGAGGCGGAUCGGGUGUUCAAGAAGCGCCGCACUUCAUCGGAGGCACCAGAGGACCAUCAUCAGGUAGAGGCACGGGUGGCGACCACACGACCCGUUGAGGACCAGGAAGCCAUCCUCCGCGCAGAACAGGAGGCUGUUGCUGAGCUUUCCCUACACGUCGAGCAGAUCCAGCGCGAGGAGGAGGCCGACCCUUUUGGCGAUGAAUGGCAAGACCUCGACGCCGAGGAUGCGCAAGACCCGUUGAUGGUCUCCGAGUACGUUGCCGAGAUCUUCGAGUACCUUAAAGAAGUAGAGCGAACGACGAUGCCGAACGCGAAUUACAUGGACAACCAAAAGGACCUCGCAUGGAAGAUGCGCGGCAUCCUUACUGACUGGCUCAUCCAGGUCCACAUGCGCUUCCGUCUUCUCCCCGAGACCCUUUUCCUCGCGGUCAACAUCAUCGACCGCUUCCUCUCCUCUCGUGUGGUCUCCCUCGCUAAGCUCCAGCUCGUCGGGAUCACGUGCAUGUUCGUCGCUGCCAAGGUCGAGGAGAUCGUCGCACCCUCUGCGCAGAACUUCCUUUACUGCGCUGACUCAUCGUAUACCGAAGGCGAGAUCUUGCAGGCCGAGAAGUACAUCCUCAAGACGCUCGAGUGGAGUAUGAACUACCCCAGCCCAAUCCACUUCCUGAGGCGAGUGAGCAAGGCGGACGACUACAACGUCCAGGUACGGACUGUGGCCAAGUACCUGAUGGAGAUCGAGUGUGUCGAGUGGAGGUUGAUUGGAUCGCCGCCGUCGAUGUUGGCUGCCGCGAGUAUCUGGUUGGCGAGAUUGAUCUUGGGAAAGGAGGAGUGGACUCCGAACUUGGCCCACUACUCAUCAUACCCAGAGAGCGCGCUCAUCCCCACCGCGAACAUCAUGCUGAACUACAUCCUGAAACCUAUCCGCCAUAGCUCGUUCUUCAAGAAGUACGCGUCGAAGAAGUACAUGAAGGUCUGUUGUUUUGCUGGUCUAUCUUAUAUUUACAUUUAUUCACUCAUCCCUGUCGGGUGUCUAGGCCAGCACGUUCAUUCGUGA